AUCUCAAACCCUCAAGACGACCCACUAUAAAAACGGCAGCCCAGGACAUACACGCGCAUACACACAUUUUUGCAGGGAUCACGGGCAAGCAUGUCGAGCAGAAAAACGAAAAAGAAGGAGGGCGGUGCCAAACGGGCUCAGAGAGCUUCAUCCAAUGUCUUUUCCAGCUUUGAGCAAACGCAAAUCCAGGAAUUCAAGGAAGCCUUUACUUUGAUCGAUCAGAACAGGGAUGGCUUCAUUGACAAAGAGGAUCUGAAAGACACUUAUGCAUCCUUAGGCAAACUCCAUGUCAAAGAUGAUGAAUUAGAAUCCAUGUUACGUGAAGCUACUGGUCCAAUUAACUUCACCAUGUUUUUAAAUCUAUUUGGAGAAAAGUUACAUGGGUCUGAUCCAGAAGAGGUGAUGUUAAAUGCAUUUAAAAUGUUCGAUCCCGAAGCUAAAGGACACAUCAACAAAGAUGAACUAAAGCAUAUGCUGAUGACUCAAGCUGACAAAUUCACUGCUGCAGAGGUGGACCAGAUGUUUCAGUCUUCCCCAAUUGAUGCAGCAGGCAACUUGGAUUACAAAUCUCUCUGCUACAUCAUCACACAUGGUGAAGAAAAGGAAGAGUGAAUGGGACGUAAUACUAGUUAUUGGGCUGCUCAGAUCUUUGCAUUUCUCCUUUAUUAUCAAGUUACAUCAACAAGUGAAUAAAAUCACAUUGUAAAUAGAC